UGGGUCCCCACUUCGGGACACUCGUUCUCUCGCCCGCAAAUCAGGCGGCUCUGACUUGCGUUCCCGGCCUUUGGGCAUUGUUCCCGGCCCCGCCGCGGUCUCUGCAGCUUCCCCAAUCCCGCGUACCACGGGCACUGGUUCUGGGCCUCUCUGCGUCUCCUACGAAGUCCCCGGAGCUCCUCGGAGUUGGAAAAUUUCUCUUGUGUUCCCCAAACACACUUGGCCCAGCAGCGUGUCCUCCAGGACGCAGGCAGUGCUUCUCCCGCGUCCAGGAAAACGACUGGGCAUUGCCCCCAGUUUCCCCCAAAUUUGGGCAUUGUCCCCGGGUCUUCCAACGGACUGGGCGUUGCCCCCGGACACUGGGAACUGCCCCCGGGGUCUCGCUCACCUUCAGCGCGUCCACCGCCCGUUGCAGAGCGCUCGCUCUCUGUCUCGGCUCCUAGCGCGCCCGCGGACGCAGCCUCCGGCCUCCAGCCUCGCGGUGAGCUCCCCGCCGCCUCGCGUCCCGGCCCGACUCCCAAACCCACCCGCCGCCGUCCCGCCGUCCCGAGCGGCUGCCGGGGACACCGGCGCGGGGCGCGGGAGCCUGCGGCGGGCUAGCCCCUCGGCGGCCGCGCUCGCUAGGCCGGGCGCCCUGAAACCUGCGCCGCUUUCGUUUGCUCUCUGCAAAGAUCACGGUCGUGGGGAAAGCGCCUCGGCGGCCCCCCGGCGGGGCAGGCAGGGCGCAGGGUAGGAGGGACGCGGAGGACAGGCGCACCCGGCUCGGGCGGCGCGGCGCCGCCAGCCGCCGGGCGGAGGACUCCGGGAGGCGCGCGCCGAGCGCGGGCGACGUGAUUGAUGGCGGAGCGAGGGGGCGAGCCGGGCGCGGGCUUCCGCCGCCGGCGGCCCCUUCCCCUCGGAGGGGCGCUGGCUGCCGGGGCUCCUGGGGGCGGGCGGGGCGCGGGGGCUCGUGCGUGGUUUUUGACUUGGUAAAAAUCACAGCGACUUCUUACAUCGUCCAAACUCUCCAGGAGAUGGUUUCCCCAGACCCCCAAAUUAUCGUGGUGGCCCCUGGGGCUGAACCCGAGUCUACGCAAGUCCAACGCACUGAGGACGGGGGAACUAUUAUCCGGAUAUUUUGGGUGGGCCCCAAAGGCGAGCUGCUUAGAUGCACCCCGGUGAGCCCGGUCAUGCAGACACCAAUGGGGAUCCGAGUGGGAAAGUCGAUGCUGGGGCUGCUCGCCUUCUUGGCCUUCGCCUCGUGCUGCUAUGCUGCUUACCGCCCCAGUGAGACUCUGUGCGGCGGGGAGCUGGUGGACACCCUCCAGUUUGUCUGCGGGGACCGCGGCUUCUACUUCAGCAGGCCGGCAAGCCGCGUGAACCGCCGCAGCCGUGGCAUCGUGGAAGAGUGCUGCUUCCGCAGCUGCGACCUGGCCCUGCUGGAGACCUACUGUGCCACCCCCGCCAAGUCCGAGAGGGACGUGUCGACCCCUCCGACCGUGCUUCCGGACAACUUCCCCAGAUACCCCGUGGGCAAAUUCUUCCAAUAUGACACCUGGAAGCAGUCCGCCCAACGCCUGCGCAGGGGCCUGCCUGCCCUCCUGCGAGCCCGCCGGGGUCGCACGCUCGCCAAGGAGCUGGAGGUGUUCAGAGAGGCCAAGCGUCACCGUCCCCUGAUCGCCCUGCCCACCCAGGACCCCGCCGCCCACGGGGGCGCCUCUCUUGAGGCGUCCGGCCAUCGCAAGUGAGCCAAAUUGUCGUAAUUCUGCAAAGCGGCACCACCCACUCGUGACCUCCUCUUGACCGGACCUUUCCAUCAGGUCCCACCGCUGAAACCUCUGUACCGUCCUGUCUGCGGGCUCCCCCGACCUGGCCCCCGUGCCCCAACCUCCCCACGUCAGGCUGGUCUCUCCUCGGCCCCCUCCAUCGGGCUAAGGGAAUCACAACAAAAUCUUUAAAAAUGUACAAAACCAAUUGGCUUUAGCUCUCUCUCCCAAAUUAUCACCCCCAAAUUACCCCCAAAUUACACAACCAAAAUUGCAAUCACAAACGUGUUGGCCCCCUUGAAACGAAUUGGCUUCUUAGCAACACCGGAAAAGCUAACUAGCUUUCCAGAAAACCCUAAAAAAAAAAAUCAAUUAGCUGAAAAAAAAAAUACUAAAAAUAAAUUGGCUUCAAAACAAUUGGCAAAAUAAAAGAAUUUGGCCCCCACCCUUCCUUCUCGUUCCUUUCGGACCUGGACUUCAAUUGGCUGUGAGCUGACCAUCCAAGAGAAAGGAAGGCACCAAAUUUGCAGGUAGGCUUGUCACUGCUUGCCAGCCAUCUCCCUCCUUCACCAAACCCUCGCUGGGCUCUGGCCGUGUGACACCAAAGACCCAAACCUGUUCCUCCCCGUAGUUUCCAUCACUGAGACCGCUGUGGAGCAGUGGGGGGGCCCAGCAACACCCGAGGAGCGGUGCACGGAACAGAAAACCCGAAUUCGCGCAGAUAAAACUUAAUUGGCAUAAACGCCCACACACUCCAAAAUCUUACGUCUGAAUUGUCACCUUUGAAAGCACGCACACCCACAGGCAACCCUGCACGCGCACGCACGCACACACACACACACACACACACACACACAUCCACAGCCCUCACAUGCAUCCACACACGCACACACACCCAGAUAUGAGGGAUACCCACACCCAGCAUUGCACAGAUGAGACCGCAUUCCAUCCCAAAUUCUUCUCUAAGCUGCCCUGCGAUGAGGUUUUCACGUCCUGUGCUCCUCUCUGGUCCCCUGGGAUGCGCCCUAGGGUGGGAGGGUGUGUGUCCCAGGCUCAGGCGCGGGUGGUUCCAUCUUUCCGAGAUGAGGAAGAUCCCCCCUCCUUCUCGGCACCCGUCCUGACCCCACGGCACCUGCAGUGAGAGUCCCGAUGCCCCCAGACCCCACUGGCAUCCACGCACCUACUAUCGUGCCGAACGAGGAACGGGUUUGGCCGGAGUGGAGAUGGUUGUGGCCAAGCAAGACAUGCCCUGCCGCGUCGCCUGACCCCCUAGGUGUGCUCCUGCGAGAUCUGGGGACCCCCCCAGCACACCUAGGGCUCACCUUUGCCAGCCUCCUGGGGGAGCCUGUCAGAAAUUAGGGCCCCCUGGAGGCUGGCAAGGGUCAUGGGGAGUGUGGGAAGUCUGGAGGUUGGUGGGGUGGGUGGGGGGGCAGUGGGGGCUGGGGGGGGAUGCUCUGAGGUAGGAAGUGGUCCAGCAAGGGUUUGGACAAAACGGUCAGGAGGAAGGAUUGACGAGGAGACGUGCAGAAUUACAGAUCGAAUCAGGAACCCAAAUUGACGCCAAUUGAUCUAUUUCCCCCCUUUAAUUGGCUUCUCCUGGGGCUUUUUUCCUUUUUUUUUUUUUUUU